UUAAUGAUUUAAUCUUAUAUGUUAAGCACAUUGAGCUUACUUGGAAUGAAAUGUGCUACAUAAAUUAAAUUCACAUUGCCAUUGUAAACACAAGUCUCAUUUAGAAACUCAAAAGUGCCUCAAUAGUUUGAAGAAAGGAGAGUUUAACUUCACUCUCACACUAUGUUUUACAAGCACACACACAUCAGAGAUCUGUGUGCCAUAUGCUCUGGGUUGGUCUUUACAUCUAUUUCAACUUUAGGGAACAAUACUCACCUAAAGGUGGUCAUAAUUAUCAAAGCAAAGGUUCAGAUUUCUGAUGCAGUUCUCACAUCAGGAGCACAGUUCCCGAUUCAUGUUAGUCCUUCUCAUUGGGUCUCACUGCUAUUGUUUUUACACCUAUUUCACAUUGUAGUCUAAGGAGCUUGGAAAGAAAAGCGUCUGGACUACAAUGACCUGGAUGACCGAGAACCUUCACGGACCUAUUUCACAUUGUUUUUUAUUUAUCUAUUUCAUCUUAACUUCAAACAAAACGUCUGCUGAGAUUAAAAUCUCUUGAACUAAGCUCAGUAUCAACACAUAUACAAAUAAAACAACAAGUAAAGCAAAUCAGAAGAACCAAGUAACAGCUGCCAAGUAACCAAGUAACUUAAUCACAAAGACAUCACAAAGUCCAGCUUUUGAAUAGCAGUUGCAGUCUUACUCUCCCAUCAUCACCCAGUAAGGCUUUAUAUAUAAAAAAAUAUACUUUAGGCUAAAUGAGGGACAAGAAACCAGAUUAUAAAGUACACAGUGAUGUCUACAGGACAAAACAUUUGAAUUGAAAAGUAAAAAGCUGACACAUAAUCUUGACAAAGUGUAAAAGAAUCAUCAUGCAUGCAGAUAAUGUCGUCAUAAUCAAGAACAUAUGAGAAUGUAGUCUGUGCAUGUGAUUUUAAAACUGCUAAAUUAAGAUGACACUAUUUCAACAAUAAAAAGCCAUUCAUACCUAAUAGCACCUCCCCUUAAAAAUACACACAAUUAAAGUACAUCAGACAAUGUUUAUAGAUGUGAAUUUUAUUUUCUACGAAUACUUCUCAAGAAGUCACAGUCCUCAAAACAGGAUAAAAUGAUUCACUGGAUGACAUGUUGAAUGGCUUUGCUCCAUAGCAUAUAACCUACAUUUGUUGUCACAAGCUUUAGGUAUGAACAAAAAUAUUAUAUGUUAUAACCAUGUUAUAGUUUAGAAACACAAACAGAUAGAAAUGGAGGCCACAGUUCUGCAAGCCUGACUGCUUGUCACUGCUUUUGUGUCCUUUUGAAGUUUAGGCUCUGGCUGUUGGACUGUGGUAAGCAUGCAAGCAUGGUUCUCAUCUGGCUGUAUGUUAGGAUGCUGUCUGUGCAAAUGUUUGCAAAGAGCAAAAGUUGUGUUAACAGUAAAAUGUAAGUUGUUUCUGUCCUGAACACAGUUUACCAUUUUUCCUUUCUGUGCAGAUGACUGAACAGCCUUUGAAAUGCAUCUCAAAUAAACGACAUAAAUGAUAUAAUUGUAUCUAUAAUGUAAUUACUGAAUUUAAUACAAUAGCACAUUACAUUACUGCAAUACUGUGUAACUGUGUACUAUGUGAUUACAUCACAAUCAGGAAUAGAAAGGCCAGCCAAGUAAACCUAAUCAUUAUAAUGACAAAAAACAAAAAAGCAGGGCCCUAUCCCACGGUUUUAAAGAAGCUGUACCAAUGAUUCCACACCAAUCAAUAAUCCAAUCCUUCCUUUGCCCAUGUUUCACCUCCGCAUUGAUUUUCAUAAAUUGUGGCUUGGUAGUUCUUACCCAACCUCAGGGGGUCACAAGCUAAUGUACUCCUGCCUGGUCCUGGUUCCAAGCUUAGAUAAAUGGGAGGAUUGCACAUGUAAAUCCACCCACUCUGGCAACCAGUUGGGAAAUAGGUGAGCAGCUCCCAGCAGCUUUUAGUUCUUGCUUAAUCUUCCUGACUAAAAAAAAAAACCACAACGAAAAGCCACAGAGGAGGAAUGAAUAUGAAGCACAUAUAUAUUAUUGUUAUUGAAUCGCAGGACAUUUACAUACUUAAUCACAAUUUCUUGCAGCUUAAAACAAAGUUAAAAGUUAACUGAUAAAUCUCAGUAAGUUAAAUAGGCAUGUUCCUGGAAACAAAAUAAACUGUCGGUGGUCAUGGCAAUAGAGGCACAUGAGCCAAGAACAAUGGGGCCUUUGGCGGGAUGCUGCUUUCCUGAGUGUCCUGCCUGUACUUGGUGGUGAAGGGUUUUGGAUAAAAAUGACCCUAUUGUCUUGCUCAUCCUGCUUCUGAGCUUUAGCAAUGAAAGGAUGCUUCUGGAUGCCUGCCCACUGUGCUUUACUAUCUAUACUAGACAUACUUUCUCGUUCAUCCAUAUGGACAGCAUAAUGUAAUGCACACUCAAUACGAGUUGCUUUGCUCAUGUGUGGGGGACGCAGAGCCCUGUCUGAGGGAAGUUGUUGGCAUCCUCCUCAAGGCUUUUCAUGCAGUCGCUUCAGUGGAGUCCAGCCUUAGUGAAACUGGCACGGGACGCACUCACCCCGGGGGUAGGAGAUGCUCGGCUGAGAAACUGGGAGAAAAAUGAACAAAUGCGAUGGGACUGCCACCACUCUCAGGCUGCCUGUGGGACAGCCCUUCACAGCCUGUGAUUAGUAAGACGGAGAAGGCCAGGACAUUAGGAUGGAAGUGGUAUUCCAUGGAUCAGACUGUGGAGGGGAUAUCUAGAAAGGGCAAAGGAGACCUUCAGGAUGGGGAAAACAUGUGCAACUUUUCCAGAUUCUAGUUGAAAAGCUUCUUAGAGCAACAUGAGCUGGAGCUUUCUCACUCGCCUCCUGGAAGAGAUCCACAACCACUCCACCUUCGUGGGGAAAGUGUGGCUGACUGUGCUCAUCAUCUUUCGCAUUGUGCUCACAGCAGUCGGAGGUGAGUCCAUCUACUCGGACGAGCAGACCAAGUUCACCUGCAACACCAAGCAACCAGGCUGUGACAACGUAUGCUAUGACGCAUUCGCUCCCCUCUCGCAUGUUCGCUUCUGGGUCUUCCAGAUCAUCAUGAUCUCCACUCCCUCUGUCAUGUACAUGGGUUAUGCCAUCCACAAGAUUGCCCGAAGUUCAGAGGAGGAGCGCAGGAAGCAGCAAAGACUUCGCAAAAAGCCACCUCCUCACUUGAGAUGGAGAGAGAGCCACCAUCUGCAGGAAGUCUUAGAGGAGGAGGAAGAUGACGAUGCGGAGCCAAUGAUCUAUGAGGAUACACUGGAGGUGCAGGAGGCCAAACCUGAACCAGUAAGCAGUACUAGCAAAGACCCACCAAAAUAUGAUGGCCGCAGAAAAAUAAUGCAAGAAGGCCUGAUGAGAAUCUAUGUCCUCCAACUCAUGUCACGAGCCAUUUUUGAAAUUGCUUUCCUUGCUGGACAGUACCUCCUUUAUGGUUUUCGAGUUAAUCCUUCGUAUGUAUGCAACAGGGUGCCCUGCCCACACAGAGUGGACUGUUUCAUCUCCAGGCCCACAGAAAAAACAAUCUUCCUCCUAAUUAUGUAUGUGGUAAGCUGUCUUUGUCUCGUGCUAAAUGUCUGUGAGAUGCUUCACUUGGGGAUUGGCACUUUUCGGGAUACUCUUCGCAUGAAGAGGAACCGUGGCCAGCGGAUGUCAUACGGCUACCCAUUCUCCCGUAACAUCCCAGCGUCCCCUCCAGGGUACAAUCUUGUGAUGAAGACAGAAAAGCCUACCAGGAUCCCCAACAGCCUCAUCACACAUGAGCAAAAUAUGGCCAAUGUGGCCCAGGAGCAGCAGUGCACCAGCCCAGAUGAGAAUAUCCCCUCUGAUCUUGCAAGUCUGCACCGGCAUCUACGGGUUGCACAAGAGCAGCUUGAUAUGGCUUUUCAAACCUACCAAACCAAAAACAACCAACAAACCUCCAGAACCAGUAGUCCUGUGUCGGGAGGCACUAUGGCUGAGCAGAAUCGAGUUAAUACAGUCCAAGAGAAACAAGGAGCAAGACCCAAGUCAGCCACAGAGAAGGCUGCAUCCAUUGUAAAAAACGGGAAGACUUCUGUCUGGAUCUAGUGAUAAAUUUCCUUUAGUUGAUAACAGUAAAAACUAUCAAGUCCCCAGAAUUUCAAAGUGACCCAGGUGGAGUAAGUGUUUGUGUGAGAUACAACUUUGGACGAUAACAAGUGAAAUUUCAGUCUCGCUAUUUUAAAGAAGUACAAAGUAGGAAGACAAUUUGGGGGAAUAAAAAAUAAACACGAAGGAAUUAUUAACUCCAGUAUCAUAAAUCUCCUUUGUUACUGUAGCAUGUCAUAUUGUGCUUGCCAUAGAUUUUGGUUAUAGGCUAACAAAUGCUUACUCAGUUUAUUCAUCUACUUCCAAAUAAAAUGUCAAAGCAUAAACAGACUGCUUCAAGCUAAUUACCGUGACUGAUUUGAAGAAAUUUUACUUUGAAAAGACACAACUGGAUCUAAACCUGAAAAUGCAGUCUAAGACACUGUACACAUGCACAAUGGCUCAUUCUGAAGAAUGAUGAAUGUUAUUAUUAUUAGAAAGAUGCAUGUUUAAAAUUAGAAGUAUUUCUGGAUGUAGUAUGGAUGAGUGUCCCCUCAAGAAAAUUAAAUGUAAAAUUAUAUAUAUAUAACUGUUUGACACGGAAGGCUUUAAAUCUUCUUAGUGUGACCGCCAAUCAAUGUGUCCCAAAGCCUUGCAGUGUCACAUUUGAACAGAAAGAGGUAAGUAAAUAGAAAAUACACUAAAUACUGAUUCUAUGCAAUCUGAAGCAGAUGAUGCAUGCUUUGCAGCUGGGAACAUACAGCAUAGACAUAGGCUAUAGUAAAAAUCCUGUCCUUAGCUAUUCAAUAAGCUCCUAAGUCUUGGCAUGUUAAAUGAGAUUAUUACCUUUUCUUUUCUGUUUCUAUAAUUGCUUUCAUAGUAAUGGUUAAUCCUGCCUUCGCUGUUUUCAUACAACAAAGUGCCUCAAACCUUAAAAGACUGUUCAAGCAUUUUAUUUAUGAAACAAAAAUAAACUUGUUUGAAACCUCAGAUUUCUGUCUUUACAGCAGCACUCUGCUUUUGUCUCACUGUGCUAAUAAAGAAAGUGUUUCUAAAAGUGCAAA